AUGGACCGACGCCUUUCCGUCAGCGACCUCGACGAUCAAGAUGAAAGCGUCCGCAUCGCUGUGCGAGCCCUAGGCGACAUGCGGAGGAAUUCUCGCUCCGAAGCUUCUCGCACCCCCUCUUCACUCUCUGUAGCCUCCUCCUCCUCAUCUCCUCCUCCUACUUCCUCCCCGCCACCUCAAUCCCCCCCGACACUCAAUGCUCAACCUAAAGCCAGCCCCAGUUCCCCAGCGUUCGUCACCCGCAUGUCUCACUUCCCGCUCGUUGGUUCCGCGCUACGUGUUUACGAGCAGGGAAAAGCAUCAUCUCGUGUGGUCAAGUACGGCGCAGAGAUGGUAGAAUCCAGCGUCAAAACGAUAUCCCGGCCAGUCAUAGAUCGCCUUCCUGUCAAUGUGAACCAGCUGGAUGAGUUUGCAUGCAGGCAAUUAGACCGACUGGACAAGUACCGACGGCCUUCUACCGAGGAACCCUCUCCAUCGUCACCUACCUCACAAAUGCCGGUUCUAGCCGAAUCAUCAACGUCCGAAGAGGAAAGAGGGCGGCCCAAGCUGAAAACGAAGACGCUCGACGGGUCAUUUGUGGAUGAUAGAGGUUUGAACGAAAGUUCGGAAGCAGAUUCGAGUCCGGUCAGACGGAGAGGAUGGAAGGAAGGAGGUGAAAGAGGCGUGCCAAGCUGGUUAGAAACCACAAGUCCAUAUACAGCUGAAGCGCCCGCAAGUGGCUCACGUUCCUCAACACCCACACAAAACGGCGAUGAAGGGGGCCCGCAUCAAGCAACCAGCUCUGAAACACGAACCGAGACGCAAGUCGCACAACGUAGUCGAUGGCAAGCCGUUCUGCUUGAAGCCGGAGGGCUUAGCGCUGCACUCAGUGAGGAGAGCAUGCGACGGUUGAAGUACUGUUUACAAUGGUUGCAGUAUGCUACUGCGCACAUUGAUGCCCAGAUAUUGAUACUGAGGGAUUUCACUGCCGCCUUACAACCAUUCCCCGACAGGUCUUCGCAACGAAGACCAAACCCCAUAUCAGAGGAGCAUAUGCGCAAACUAACUGUCGUCCGUCGAGAUAUCGUGCAUACCAUCCGACAAGUUGUAGACGUCGUUAGUCAAUACGCUGGCACUGCCCUACCUGAGCCAGCGAGGAAUCGAGUACGAGGUUUCAUCCUGAAACUUCCGCAGAGGUGGGCGAGUAAGGCAGCAGCUGUUGCCCCAAGCGCUGGUAAUGUGGUGGGAGAGCGCGAAACGGUUGCUGCCGCUUCAGGUUCGGGUGCUGUGAGGCGAGGAGCAAACCGGCGGGCUGCCCAUCGAGAACGCGGAACAGGAGGGCCGGAGUCUGGACAGAAGUCGGGUCCUCCAUCCAGAGCAGCAUCCCCACACUCGUCACCCCGUCUGGCGCGAGCACCGUUGAACAGGUAUGGGGAAACUCCAGAGACUGGGGGCGGAGCAGACGCUGGAGUUGUGUCGCAUGGAGCUGCGUUGGUUGCUGCUCAACGAAUACUCACCCUUGCCACUGAGAGUCUGGAUAUGAUGAGAGGUGUGACCGGAGUUGUUAAAGACAGCCUUGAUCGUGCUGAUGCAUGGGUUGGCCGUCUUCGUACCGUCGGAAUCCAACGUGGAGUUCAAGAAGGCGAGGAUACAGAAGGCUACGAAUUCGAGUUUGGCCACCAUCGUCGAAAUGACAGCUCUCAGUACGAUGAUCAAGAUCUGCCAUCGCCAUUCUUCUCUAGCUCAUCGACUGCUUGGGGAUCGAGUAUCCCUUCAACUCCUGGGGGCGGGCCAUAUAAUGCACCUAGCCCUGGUGCGAUUCCGAUUGGUGCGAUGUCGAUCGGAUCGCGGUAUAACACCCCAAAAAGUGUUGUGGUUGGGUUUCCUGACGAGGACAGGGACGAUAUGACAGUCGAGACCUUAGCUUCGAAACGCACAGACUCUGACGUUUGGAAAGCGGGUGAUAUCAAGGUGGCUGGCAUCGAUACUGCCAGUGAUGAAGAUGGGGAGAAAGGAAGCCAAAAGAUGGACGUUGACGUGUAACGCGUUGACGUCGACUUGUGGACUCACUCAAGCUAUCUGUCUCGUUGAUCCUCUCUGUUUCCCUAUUUCUCCUUCCUCUCCGUCCUACUUUCCCUCUCUAUCUUUUUCCUUCCCUCAUGUUGUGCAUACCCCUCCCUCUUGUACUAUAUAAAAUAUUGUAUACAGUCACAUACUUAUCGGGUUCUUGUCCUUAUCGGUGGCUGGCUCUACUAAUGGAAUUUUUCUCUCAUAUG